AUGACAAUUGUACACUACUUAAAAGUGUGGCACCACUAUGUAUUAGGCAAUACUUUUAUUGCCAACAUCAACAAUGUUGUCACUAGUUACUUUAAUUCUCAAAAGAAGUUGAUCACCAAACUAACAUAGUGAUAUGACUUCUUGACUGAUUAUGAUUUCUCACUCUAAUAAUUAUAGAUAUAUUAAGUCAUAGAGAGCUCACUAAUAGCCCAACUACCUUCUCAACAAGCACCGACGACCUACUAGACAAUAUAGAUGAAAUUUACUCUAUAUACUCAACAACCAUGCAUCUUAUAUAGUAGACCAAGAUAGGUGAGACCUGUCAAUUUUGGAUGGAAGAUGAUAUCCUCUACUUAGAGGAUUGAUGUCCCUAUGUGUCACAAAGGGAACAAUUGAGGCAACAACUUCUAUAGAAGACCCAUGAUGCACCGCAUGUGGGUCACCCAAAAUAACAAUAUAUCUUUGCCUUUCUUACAUGUAACUAUUUUUGACAACCACAAUACAAUCAUAGAAGUAGUUGACCACUUCUUCAAGUAUGUCAUGUUCAUCCUAAUAAAGUUCAACUAGAACAAGUGGCAUGAUUAUUCUUGACACAUGUCAUCAAGUUUUGAGACAUACCAUGAGGCAUCAUCUUAAAUUGGGACCCACAUUUCAUUGAAUGUUUCUCGUUAACCCUCUUCACCUUACUUGGUAAUCAACUCAAUUUUUCUACCACUUUAUACCUUGAUAUAGAUAAAUAGAUGGAACACAUCAUGACAUGCUCGAAGAAUACAUGCAACAAUGUGACAACACGUCAAGACAAUUGAGUGUAAUUACUAGACAUUGUCUAAUUCGUCCCCAACAUCCAACAAUAUAUAUCUACAUGACACUCACCAUUCGAGUUAG